AAAUGCUCUAUGCUGCAUCCGUAACUAUCACGCAAUUUCGAGGGUGUAUGAAGCCAUCCAAAUCUACUCUAAACCAUACGAUCGACUCUGAUUUCACCUGUAACGGCUGUCCGUGGCUGACGCCCAGAGCCCUUUCGUAGGCUGUUCUGGGCUUCCUCCGUGAACACUCUCCAAUCACACGAGGUGUUCUGGAGUAGAUGUACCCGGAUUCACGACAAACGACACCCAGGCAUUGUGCGACCGACUUGACCUAAAUCCCCCUUAUCAAGAUCUCGCUAGGCGCAUGUAGGUUUUAUACCCAUGUCUUCUCACGACCGCCAGCAAAAUGGAUCUCCAGAACCACUCUCCUCCUCUCCGUCCUCCUCCUUGACCUCUGCGAAUUCCGAGGCAGACCAAAGCCGUCCUGUCCAGCCCGCGCACCCCGCCAUCAGUCGAUCCUCGAGCGUUCGAUUCUCGGAAGGGACCAAGAAAGGUCACUCGCCGCCUCCCAUGCCGCGUUAUCCUCGGACUUCGGGCGAUUCCGACGAAGUGACCCCGAUCCGCACCGUAGACGGCCAGUCUGAUCGGCGCUAUAACACAGAGUCGAGAGAUCCGUUGCCAGCAGCGGCGACGCCAGAAGACAGCGCACAGCAAGACCAAAAUGGAAACGAGGAGGGCAAGCCGGGCUGGCUGAAGAGAAUGGUAGAGAAAUACGGCUCCAUCUCGCUGGAAAACAAAGGCUCGGUCGCGAGAGACCAUCUGGCGCUCGAGAGGACAUUUCUAGCCUGGCUACGGACCAGCUUAGCGUUUGCCAGUAUCGGCAUCGCAAUCACACAGCUCUUUCGUCUCAACUCAUCGAUCGCAAAGUCGUCCCAAGAAACGACACCUGCCAUGAUGAUGACGACGACCAGCGAACAGAUGCCCUUCUCGCCGAUGAUCGGACAAGCAGUUCCUGCAGAACUGAUUCCAUAUCUUCAGCAACUUGCCGCGAAUGCCGCACCACCACCGCCAGUCCCGACACUGGGGCCGACGUUGCUCGACCAGGUCCUUCUUCUGCCGGCGCCCGACGCAAAUGGGCGUCAGGUCGUUCGGAGGGAUGAGUCGAUGGCCUCUCAGGUCAACGAGGAUCAGGCUGCCAGACUUCGACAUGUAGGCAAGCCUCUCGGUGCUACGUUCUUGGGCAUUUCGAUUGUUAUUUUAUUCAUAGGCUUCCAUCGAUACUUUGAAUCUCAGCACUGGAUCAUUCGAGGGAAGUUCCCGGCAAGUCGCGGGAGUAUCUUCAUUGUCGGCACUAUCGCUGGGGCUCUUAUUGUCGCCAGUCUGGCUGUUGUACUUGCCAUAUCACCCAAUCGUUACGAGAAGAAGUGAUGGUCGCGCAACUCUUUUUUGGGAACGCCAUUUUUACCGACUUGGGAGGGGUUUGACUGCUGGAGCGACCUAUCCCUGGCUAGUGAGACUGCGAAACCGCUCUUGCCUGUGUAUCACGCUUGAUGACAAAUGUCUGUGCCACGUAGUAGGUCUUGAAAUCGGUUUCGGCCGGCGUGUUCGAGAGAAGGAUCGUCGAACCUAUGAGUGAGCAAAGACUGGAUCGCACGGCCACAUGCUUUGCAAGGAACUGGUCCGACGCAAGAGUAUUUGGCAUAUGCCAGUGAAUUGGACGAGGUGGAACUCAGCACGAAUGAACUUGGGCUUUAACUCGGACGGGGAGAUCCAAACAGAGUUGGACGCGUGUCGACGCUGAGACAGGACUUGUGAUACGGAUUGUAUGAAUAUCAAAAGGGCCGCUGCCGGUUUCAGCAGUAUAGAAUGAUAAGGUACAGGUGGUAAUGCACAAUGCAUAAACGUACAGGGUUUUGAUUGAGGUUCGAACAAAAACAUGGUCUAGAUUGUUAAAAACGCAGGCGUUGAAACGAGUUUUAUUUUGCAGGAUGAUGUAUGUAUGUAUGUAAUAAGAGGUUCCUUCGUGUACCAACACGGGCACAGUAUGGUUCGGGAGACGAAAGAACGUUGCCAGGUCG